CAAAGAUGGUAAAAUAGGACCUUUUUUCUCUCUUUUUUCAUUUUUACAAAAAAAAAAAUUAUUUAAAAUGAGUCAGACGAUAGAGUUUUUUUUACAUCCACCUUCACCCAGCCAGAGUACUUUUGAAUGUAAACUACCACCUGUCAGUUCAUUAUUACUGGACGAAGAAGAUGUAUCUUUACCGCCUCUUUCCCCAUUUAUGGAAUCACUAUCCGUUGACACUCCGCCUCAAUUAACAUCCCCACACGCAUCCCCACGAAGCUUGUUGUUACCUCCACCCAUGCGAGCUAGAUCACUUUCAAACGCAUCCACUAAUUCCACCUGCUCCAUAAAGUCACUCAUGAACGACCCUUUAGAAGAUCCACCCGUCAAGAGGAAAAGAGGCAGACCACCAAAUACCACAUGCAGUCCAACGUCUCGUCAACGCGAUAAUAACUGGACAUUUGUUACACCCACCGUAUGGGAUGUAAAGCAUCAAGAAAUACCACCCAAACAAGACGAAGAUUACAUGGUCUUACAUUGGCCCACACAGCAAGGACAGAAUACUUUUACUAAUCUCAAUAUGGACAACACCUUAAGCAUCCCCAAGAAAAAAAGAGGUAGAAAGCCAAAGAUGGAAUUGGCUGGUAACUUGUGUUUUGUUUGGCGUGAUUUAACAGCUCGUCGUGGAGCAAAUAAAAAAAAAGAUGUAAUAAUAAAGUAAUAAUACCCCCCACCUCCCACCACCACCACCUUCUCAUACUCUCUACCCUACCACACUCCACCCCCUAAUUGAUCUUUUUACUGCCUAUAUUCUAUACAUGUCCCUGUAAUUUAUUUUGUAUUUUUCAUGAUUUCGUAAAGGGGGGGGGCUGCCAAGAGACUUGUUGUUUGCGCACAGACGACGAUCUGUUUGCCAAGAACAAGGAGGGCAAAGUAACUUUAUCUGCAUAAACAAUCAGCCGUCACAUUCCUUAAAUCAAAUAAACAGUUUGCCUAAUAACAUCAGUUAGUAGAACAUAGGAGGAGAAGGAGGAGGUGGUGGUCAUUGUAUCACAUUAGUCAGUGUUGGAUUGACUAACUAUAAGAAAUAAGAACACUGCAUGGAGCGGUU